GUGACGCACGGGUCAGGUGGCGCCUCAUAUAGAGCGGGGAGCUGUCCGGUGCUGAAACACAACCCAAGCGCUUUUACAUGCACGUCGGACAUGCUGUCCAAGCUUUUUCACAUCCUCUGAGAUCUGCACACAGGUGGUAUGAUGUCAUCACUACCGAAACUGUCCGCCAGAGGGGUGGUGGUGCUGCUCGCCUCCCUCCUCCAAACUCUCACCGUGCAAGGCGCCUCUGUGCGUCACCACCGCCUGCGAGGCGGUGACCAGGGUGGCUUCCUGGCUCCUAGCUCUGAUAUGAUCAAAGCUCUGGAGUACAUCGAAAGUUUAAAGCAAAGAGCUGACGGACCAGAGAAUCCCACCGGAGACUACGACGAGGUGGACAAAUUCCGCUUUCUGGUGCAGCUCGCUUCCCAACAGGACGAGAACGCACCCAAUCGUGAGGACACCGCGCGCUGGCCUGACAACAAGGUACCCCAAUGGGUUCAAUCUUUGCUCAGGAUGCUGGAAGAGGCUGGAGAGAGCACAGGCACCCAGCCUGCAACCGGUAAUGAACGGCGCCCUCACAAAAGCAGGCGCCCGAUGACGGAGGCGGAGAGCACUGACUACGGGGGCUUCGUGAAGCCACACAAGAAGUAUCCGUUGAUGUUUGAGGAUGAGGAGAACACCAGAGACAACAAACGAGCGACCGAGGAUCUGGACGAGCAGUACACCCCUCAGAGCCUCGCCAACAUGAGGUCGAUCUUCGAGGAGCUUGGUAAACUGUCAGCACAGAACCAGAAGAGAGAGAACCAGGACGAUGACGAUGGCGAGGACGACGAUGAAAAGGUCAGAAACCUGGCUUACGAGGACGUGGCCGGAGGAGAGGAAUGGGUGCCACUAGAGGAGCAGAUGGAAACGGAAGAAAUGGUUAAAGGUAGCCGCGAGGAAUAUGAAAGAGCGCUGGCAGAUAAUGGCGAGCAGAGCGAUGCCAUAGAAAGACGAGCCGACGAGGAGAAUCCAGACGACGACACCAAACUUGUAGAUUACUACCUACUGAAAGUCUUGGAGAUGACGGACCAGGUUCAAAAACGAGAUCUGAUGGAGGCGAGGAGGAGGCUUCAAUCACGACCCUCUCUAAUCGACCCUAGGGCGAUCAAACAGCUCAUAUCCGCUAUUUCGACGAAGCUGCAGGUGCCUCCUGAAGAUCUGGUUGGAAUGCUGUUCAUGGAGGAAUCCAGAAAACAACAGCGACUUCCCGAGUCUCAGCUGGCUAGGAAUCCCAGCCAGCCUCGCUAUAAAAGUCGGGUGAUCAAAUACUACAACGGCCGACAGCCAGAAAUUACGGUGAGCAACAUCCCUCCUGAUGUCAAGACGGAGGAUAUCCUAAAAAUCCUCGGGUUGGGAAACCUGGCCAACAAAAACGCUAAGUUGUCUCUACUAAAGCAAAGACCGUACAAAACAGCCAUGGCAAAAUACUUCAACCCAAGCGGAAGGCGAGGAAGCUUGUUCGACUUAAACAAACCUCUAAGCAAAAGAAAACAAGAUUUCGAUGACGAUGAUGAUGUAGACGAAGAUGAAGAGUCGACCUUCCUCGCAGCCAAACUAUUCGAGUACCCAGACACCGGCAAUCGCAAAAGAGCCAUCGACUCCGCUGCCAACGGACACCUGCCUUACGAGUUAUACGAGGAGGCCAUGAAAGAUUUCUUUGAUCAGGUUGACGCCGGGAAGAGCACGCUUGCCAAAAGAGACACCCAAGGGAAAGAGGAGGUUGAGACGCCCCAAAAGCCGCCCGCUCAAGAUUCAGCUCUGGAGCAUGGAGAGCAAACACCGGCGGCAUCUGGAACAGAAGAGGGUAAAGAGCAUCAUGGGAAAAUGGCCGCAGGAAUGUGAGGAGCUACUGUAUGUUCAUUUUUCCACGCCCAUUUUCUGAUACGUCCAGCCCUUUUGAUAUGGUUGCCAUGUGAACGACUUCUAAACUGUCCAAUUACUGCCUGUAAGAAUAUCCUACUAGCCCAUCUUGCUGCAGGAGGGACCUGUCAGAUUAUGGGUGGGGGAAAAAUAACACGUACCCAUGGGACAUACCUAUAUCUCCUCAAAAGUAAACCAAUGUUUAAAGUGCUUUAGUUUUCAUGGAAUUCUAUAUGAUGUAAAUAUAUAUAUCGUAUAUCAGUGUGUGGGAGUUCAAGUGCAUUUUAUCUGUUGUUUAUGAAUCGGUGGUCCUCGAUUUGUUUUCUGGCUCCUUUUGUUGUUAUCACGAGAAUGAUGCCGUAUAGUCGUAGGACUCCUGCUGCAAUCUUACAAGCUAUUUCAUGAUGAAACCAAUAAAGGUGGAUGUAAUCCUCAUUUCUACAUCAUUUUGUACGUGUUCUGAAGUGUGAGAAGAGAAACAUGAAUAAAGCAUUACCGUAUUAUUUUUC